AUACACGUAGGCUACAUUGUACAUUGUUAUAGUACUGUACAUUGUACAUUGCACAACAGCCAGCUGGACGAGCCAGCCAGGCAGGCCAGCUGGAUAUGUGGAUGUCCACGUAUAUCAGGUCGAUAUGCAAGCAGAGCUCUCGGCUGCGCCCUCAGAGUUAAGCCUUGAGUACUGGCGUUUGCGAUCGCGAGAGGGUGGUACAUGGUGGUGAUAUUUUCGCCCAUUUGUUGCAGAUAUUGAAAGUGGGAUACAAAAGACGAGGGUACCGUGGUUGUCCAGUGAUGAUGGCUUUUUCGUCCCUAAGACUAACUGUGCGAGGCUUUAGCCGUGGAUCUUGGCAGCUAGGCCUGUCGAAAAGUUUCGGCCGAGGGGUUCAUGUAAGCUCUUCAGCUUCUGUGCAGAAACUUCUUCCUAAUGAAUAUGACGGUCCUCUGCUUCAGACAGAAGUACCUGGACCCAAAACACUGGAACUCCUGAAAGAGCUGGAUUCUGUAAAUAGGAAUGCCGGCACCGUACAGCUUUUCGUCGACUACGAGAAAUCCUAUGGCAACUACAUUGUGGAUAUGGACGGCAAUCGAUUGCUGGACACAUUUGCACAGAUCUCCUCCAUACCCAUUGGUUACAACCACCCUGCAGUCAUCGAUGCCAUCAAAGACCCUGCCAACUUGGUGCACUUGGUGAAUAGGCCAGCUCUGGGCGUGUUCCCAGGGGCAGGAUUUGCCAGCAAUGCAGCGGAUAUCUUGCUGUCUGUUGCCCCCAAAGGUUUGAGCCGUGUGCAGACUAUGAUGUGUGGGACAUGCAGUAACGAGAACGCUGUGAAGCAGGCGCUGAUAUGGUACAGGAUUAAGAAAAGAGGAGGUCCACCAACCGCGGAAGAACUGGAGACCUGCGUCAGCGGUCAGGAACCAGGCUGUCCGCCUUACACAGUGCUGUCUUUUGAUGGAGCUUUCCAUGGACGAACUCUUGGCUGCCUAACUCUCACCCAUUCCAAGCCCAUAUUCCGUGUGGACAUCCCCUCCAUGGACAACUGGCCCAUGGCUCCCUUCCCCCGGCUGAAGUACCCACUGGAGGAACACGAGACAGAGAAUAGGGCCGAGGAGGAGAGGUGUCUGAAAGCGGUGGUAGAAAUGAUGGAGCAGGGCCUUGCAACAGGUCGAGACGUGGCUGCUGUGAUUGUUGAGCCCAUCCAAUCAGAAGGGGGCGAUCAUCACGCAAGCCCCUACUUUUUCCAGCAGCUGCAGAAGAUAUGCAAAGAGUUUGGCUCUGUCUUCAUUGUUGACGAGGUUCAGACAGGCUGUUGUACGACAGGCUAUUUCUGGGCAAGUGAAUCCUGGAAUCUGGCUGAACCUCCAGACUUCCUCGUCUUCAGCAAGAAGAUGCUGACUGGUGGCUACUACUUCAAGGAUGAGUUUGCUGUGGAUCAGCCAAGUAGAAUCUUCAACACCUGGAUGGGUGAUACAACGAGGCUGUUGAUCCUUGGAGCUGUCCUGGAGGUUGUCAAGAAGCAGAACCUCAUAGAUGUAGCCAGAGAGUCUGGUCAGGUCUUAACAGAAGGUUUGCAGAGUCUACAGGCUAAGUACCCAACAUUAAUGUCCAGAGCUCGAGGCAUGGGGACAUUUGCAGCCUUUGAUGGCAAAAAUCCAGAGACUGCCGCUGCCAUCGCUCGCAAGAUCAAGAACAAAGGUGUUCUGAUGGGCAUGUGCAGCAAACAAUCGAUCCGCUACAGACCUGCGCUGAUAUUCCAACCCCAUCACGUGGAGAUUGCCCUGGAUGCGCUGGACAGCACACUAGCCGAGAUGAGUCAGUGAAUUGUUCUAGAUUGCGAGUUUUGAAAGGACAUUCAGGAAUAAUGGAAGACCUUUCUUAUUUGACCCAGGGACAUGUGACUGCAACCUUUAGACUGACUUGAUGAAGUUGUAAAUUCAAACUUGAGGUUUGUACUUUUUCCAAGUACAUGUACGAAUGCUCAAUGAUUUGUCUGUUGAUCAAUUCAGUCUCAAAGUCAAAUUCAAGUUCAGGGAUAGAUUUUGGUUAUGUACAGUGUGAUGAUUUCAUUAAUGAUAUCAAAAUGAUAUAAAAGAAAAAAAUGUCAUGGGUUGAAAAGACAUUUUCCUUUACAUUUGAGACAUAUUCUGGCUUGUGUACGUAGGAGACUUGGUAGCCAGAGUUUCCCUCUGUUGUUUUGGUUUUGUGUGUAGUUUGUGUAUGCCUUUUGCUUGUUCCUUUUUGUGCUUGAUUUUGAGGGAAUUUGUUUUGUUUGUUUUUUCAUUUUGGAUCAAACUUUUAAAAACUUUUUGUAAUUGUAUAUAAAUAUACAAUGAAGAAACUCAUGAAAUUUCUUCAGUAAUCCUAUCAUCUUGUUACGUCAGGAAAUCCACAAAAUAAUGCUUUAUUUAUCAAUAACCAAAUGCUUAUUUUUAUAUAUAUUAUUCAGAUGCUUCAUUAAAUGUGUAGAGCUAAGAAAGCCCCUAGGAGUGCAAAUAAUUCCUGUAGACUGAAAUUUGAGGAGUAUGAACACGCAUAAUGGCAUGUGUGAAUUGCUUUUAGAGUGAAUCAUGGCUAGGCACCACUAAUAAUAAUGUUGAUAUGUAAAAAUCACUUGUUAAUCGAUUGAUAAGUUUAUGUGACAGAUCAUAAAACUUGUGUGGAGCCCCGUCUUCUCCCAUCCUUGGCUUGUCAUGUCACCCUCCUGCAGAAGGGCAGUAAGUAGUUGUUGGCUGGGAGAUUUCUCAAUCUGAGGAGGUGUGGCAUAUGGGAGAAUUCCAAGAAGUAGAAAAAAUGUGGAAGUUUAACAGGCUCUGCCAUCCUUGGGCUUUGCCAUGCAGGCCUUGCUAGACAGGCUUUGAAACCAAGGCUUUGCCUACCUGGCGCAGCCACCCAGGUUUUGCCACCUAGGCUUUGCCAUCCAGGUUUUGCCACCCAGGCUUUGCCACCCAGACUUUGGGACUCAGGCCUUGUGACCCGUGCUUCGGAUGCCAGGCUGUGCCACCAAGGUUUCGCCCUCCAGGUUUUCCCACUUGGGAUUGCACUUUGCCUGGGUGGCCCAGGCUUCAUUGAUCUUGCGUAGUAGCAUGCACAACAGCCAUAGUGAAAAUUUGUGCGUAGCAGUUAUGCUCCAUUCCAUCUUGGAUUUGAUUCAAUUCAUAAGUGCAUUCCUGCGAGCUGGUACAGAAACCUAUAUUGCCCGUUUGUUCCCACCCUACUGAGAAAAUGUAACCAUCUUAGAAACACAGAACCUGGACUUGAAAGCAUGGAAUUCUGUUAUAUCUUAGAGAUGCAUAUUUCUAUGAUGACAUAUCUUGGAAAUUCCAAAAUUCAGAGAGAAUUUCCCUGAAACACAUAAAUCCGUGAUAAACUAUGAGAUCCGUUUCUGACAUUACUUUGGAGCGAGACAUGAUUGUUGAUGUUCAAAUUUUUUGCAAAUUGAUAUUUUGUUGUGGAAAAUGUUUAAACUUAUCAAAUUCUUUUAAGAAAAGCACACAGAAUCUUUGUUUUAAAAAAAACAAUCAUUGUUCAAAUGCAGACUUGAAUUGGGAGAAGGUGUGGAAAUGUUCACUUCAGCUUCCUUCUCGUUUGUCAUGCACACAGGCACUUGUGUCUUUAUCAUUGGAAGUACCCCAAAAUUUAGAGCAGAUUUGCAAGUCUUGGAAUGAAGUUUUUGAGUAUUUAUCUCCCAUUCUUUUGAAAUAACAUGUUACAUGUGGUAUCAAUUAGUGGAAUUAAAUAUUCUACUUUUGGGGGGGAAGGGGGACUUUAUGAUGGUAAUUUAUUUACAAGUUUGCAGAGAAGCAAAAGUUGCAUCUAACAGGGAAAAUUAUAGAGUUUUGAUACUUAAGGAAACUAAAGCCUUAUAUUAGGUCAUUUACUCCCCCAAUAUUUCACCAAGCGAUAUGUGGACACAAAAUAAAGACACAGGUUGUUAUGGAAACAUGGGGUUAUUGUCUCUGAGUUUUACAAGGUCCUGUAUUAAGCACACACACCAACGGUUCUCUCUACUCCACAUACUUAUGACAUUGUACUGAUGUAACUAGACUUGCCUCUUAGUCUCCUUAGACUCAAAGCCAUGGAAAGAAAACAAAAAGUAGUUUCUGGUGAGAAGGAUUAAACAGACUUGUGGUGAGCCAAGUAUUGAGCUUUCACAAAUACAUGUACUUUUAAAACUACACAUUGUAUAAUUCAGAUUUGUACAUUGUAAACAAAAAUUCCAAGAUCAAAAUACGCAAUUUUUUUUCAGUUCCAGUAAAUAUAAGUUAAUUCCUUUUAUAUUUCAAAUGAUUGACAUCAAACAUCUUGCACAAUAAAAUGUUUCCCCUUGUAAAUUCUAUGAAUUUCACUGGACUCUGAUUUUAAGUAUUUAUGUCUUGAUUGAAAUGGAAGGAAGACAUUCAUUUUGUAUUUCACUGAAUUUUUCUUCACGACAAAGUGACACUGAUUUUCUUUUACGCCCAAUGUGGCGACUACAUGCACCCCAACACGAUUGGACUACCUUCAACCGGGGUGGAACGACCAGUCCCAGUUAACCAGUCUGUUAACCCACUGCAAACAAACAUGGUUUGAAAAGCGAAUAGUGAAAACCAGAAAUCAAACUUCUUGUUCUCUUGGCCUGGCCAGUCACCACGGAACAUACGGUCUUCAGUUGUUUUUUUUUUAAAUCAUACGGUAUGGAAGCACUUCGUUAUAUAUCAUUUACGACAGACUACAACACUGAGGCAUCAUUAUUUCAUUCAGUGGCGGAGUACGGCAACAAAUUACCGGGUAAGCUUGGCUUGUUCAUAUAACCUUUCCUCCAAUGGAGACCCAAAGAACAAUCUUUUUUUCCUCUCUCUCGUUUUAAUUAUAAACACUACGUAUAGGUGCAUCGUGUGACACAGACAUACUAUACAAAGUACAAUUUGUUUUUUAAAAUGUCUUUAAGAAUAGAACUUAUUUUGUUUAAACCACGUAUAAUACUUGCUUUCCUGUCAAAAAUCGAUACCAAACAAGGCUAAAGUCUGUCUUCUGUUUUGCACAAUCAAAUGGAAGUUGUAUACAUUAUUUUUAUCAGACAAUAUUUCUCAAGUUUAACAAUCGGCUUCAAUGUAGUCGAAUAAUGGGCAACUUGAGCACGCUCAAUACUAACCCAACAGAUGAGUAAAGAGGUACAGAAUAUCUUCACACAAUAUGUACAUUCGACAUUCAAUUCUGUAUCUGUUUUUCUGCCAAAUUGUUCCCAACUAGAAGCCAAUUUGUAUCGUAAAUGCCAGUACUGAUCCAAUUAACUGAUCCUACUGUGGAUGACCUAGGCAACCUCAGCUUUUUUUUUCCCCAGACAGACACAAAAAUGUGCCCAAUACCUCACUAGCAAUGCAUUUAUAGUAGGCACUACACAGUUUUUUGUCACAAUCAAUGCAAGAAAACCGUCCACAGCAAAUCACAAAUUGUGUGCAGUUACAUUAAGCACUGAUAGACAGUUCUCCUUGAAUCGUGAAUAUUUCUCCCUUCUCUACAACUCUGUAGAUCUUGUGACAAGACUUUUGGGUGCUUGUGAAACACAGGCACAGUAAAUACAAUGUUUAAAUAUGAAUCAGCUUGUAAUCUCUAGCAAUUAUGGCCCUUAGUGAGUGACUAAGUAAUUACUGUCUUAUGUACAAACCACCUCUCUCCUUUUGUUUUUUUGUUUUGGCAAGUUAUCAGCAAUGGUACACUGUGAUAUUGAGCGAUUAACCAACAUGUUAGUCAGAAAAGGUUGCCCCUUAAUUGUGUCAUCAAGAGAAAGCACGCACUAAAAAUUUCAACCAACCAAAAAAAAAAAAAAUGGUGGG